AUGCCACCCCAAAUUCUACACGAUGACAACCCCACUGUUGUGGCCGUUGAUAAAGACAAGCAUAGUUUAUCUGCCGUUCGUUGGGCGAUUGAUCAUCUCUUGAUUACCAAUCCAACCCUCAUUUUAAUCCAUAUAAAGACCAGACAAUCUCAAAAUCAAAAUUUAAAUGGGGCCUCCCCAGAUGCCAAUGGUGGAUUCCUUGACAAAAUUUUCACGCCUUUUCGUGCAUAUUGUGCAUGCAAAGGGUUAAAAGUGAGAGAGGCCGUCCUUGAAGGUAAUGACGUGUCUAAUUCACUUAUAGACUACAUCAACCAUCACCAUAUUACCAAUGUGGUUCUUGGUGGCUCGUCGAGGAGUGUUCUUUCAAGGAAAUUUUGGACUUACGAUGUACCAACUUUGAUAAACAAGGCUGCUCCAGAUUUUUGUUCAGUGUAUGUAAUUGUGAAAGGAAAGACACAAUCUGUCCGACCGGCAGCACGACAUGCAGCCUGUUCGACUCUACCUAGGAUACCUUCUACACAAGCACAGUCUGUCAAGAUUAACAACUUCGAACCAGACACUGGAUCGAGGGCAAAUUCUAUAAGAGAGUGGAAGGGUGUAGGUUCUGAGCGGAUCAGGUCCAACAAAGGUCUAGGCAAUGGAUCUGGAUCAGUGGACAAUUAUGACAUUUCCAGUCGAGGAGGAUCGAAAAUAUCACCUGGCCGCAUUUCCCUAGAUGGAACAAUCAAGUUAGGAUCAAUUGGUAUCAAAACACAAAAUUUAGACUUCACCUUUAUUGCAGAAGGUGGUGAUGACAGAUAUUCCUCAUCUUCAAAAGAAAUUGAAGCCGAGAUGAAAAGACUAAAGCUUGAGGUGAGGCAGACCAUGGACAUGUAUAAUACUGCUUGCAAAGAAGCAGUUUCAGCCCAGCAAAAGGCUAAAGAAAUUCAUCAAUGGAAGCUGGAAGAAGCUCGUAUAUUAGAACAAGCACGGUUUAAAGAAGAGGUGGCUCUUGCAAUUGUGGAGAUGGAGAAGGCCAAAUGCAAAGCUGCCAUUGAAGCAGCAGAGAAAGCACAAAAAAUAGCUGAGAUGGAAACUCAUAGAAGAAAGUAUGCAGAGUUGAAGGUCCAACAAGAGGCAGAAGAGAAGAAACGAGCACUUAAUGUUCUAACAAGUAAUGAUGUCCGCUACAGAAAAUAUACAAUAGAAGAGAUCGAGGUAGCGACCAAUAACUUCUCAAGUUCAAAUAAAAUUGGUGAAGGUGGUUAUGGGCCUGUUUUCAAAGGUACGCUUGAUCAUACCCCAGUAGCCAUAAAAGCUCUUCGAUCUGAUGCUAAACAAGGGAGGAAACAAUUCCAACAAGAGGUUGAGGUCCUAAGUUGCAUGAGACAUCCAAACAUGGUCCUCCUUAUAGGUGCAUGUCCUGAAUAUGGAUGCUUGGUGUAUGAAUUCAUGAGCAACGGAAGCUUAGAAGAUCGAUUGUUCCAGAAAGAAAACACCCCUUCCAUUCCAUGGGGUACUCGUUUCAAAAUUGCAGCUGAUAUUGCAACUGCGCUUCUGUUUCUUCACCAGUCAAAGCCAGAACCUCUUGUGCACCGUGAUCUUAAGCCAGCCAACAUCCUUAUAGACUACCAUUAUGUAUGCAAAAUUAGCGACGUUGGUUUAGCAAGAUUAGUUCCCCCGUCUGUAGCUGAUAACGUCACACAAUAUCAUAUGACCUCUGCGGCGGGAACAUUUUGUUAUAUUGAUCCAGAAUAUCAACAGACAGGUAAAUUGGGGACAAAAUCAGAUGUAUACUCGUUUGGGGUAAUGUUACUCCAAAUUAUCACUGCAAGGCCCCCUAUGGGGCUCACCCACCAUGUCGAGAGAGCCAUUAAAAAGGGAACAUUAAAUGAGUUGCUUGAUCCAACAGUGCAAGACUGGCCAAUUGAAGAGGCCCUUAGCUUUGCGAAAUUAGCUCUAAAAUGUGCUGAGCUCAGGAAAAGAGACCGACCAGAUCUUGGUUCAGAUGUAUUGCCAGAGCUUAACAGGCUAAAAGAACUUGGAAUGAACAAUGGAUUAAGCAUUGACAGCAGCCAUAACCAUCAAAAAUCUCCUCCAAUAUCAAAUCCUAAUGGAAGUGUGUCCAAGGAUGAUGCAACGGUUGAAGAGUGA